GCGGCGUGGCCGAUGACAGCCGGCCCCCGUCACGUGGUCAAGCCCACUCCAAUGGGCGGCGCCGGGGCGACCCGCUGUUCCCGGCGGCCCGUGCGUCGGUGGUGGUUGGGUGGUAAGAUGGCGACUGUGAGUCUGCGGCUCGGCGACUUGGUGUGGGGGAAACUCGGCCGAUAUCCUCCUUGGCCAGGAAAGAUUGUUAAUCCACCAAAGGACUUGAAGAAACCUCGUGGAAAGAAAUGUUUCUUUGUGAAAUUUUUUGGAACAGAAGAUCAUGCCUGGAUCAAAGUGGAACAGCUGAAGCCAUAUCAUGCUCAUAAAGAGGAAAUGAUAAAAAUUAACAAGGGUAAACGAUUCCAGCAAGCGGUAGAUGCCGUCGAAGAGUUCCUCAGGAGAGCCAAAGGGAAAGACCAGACGUCAUCCCACAAUUCUUCUGAUGACAAGAAUCGACGUAAUUCCAGUGAGGAGAGAAGUAGGCCAAACUCAGGUGAUGAGAAGCGCAAACUUAGCCUGUCUGAAGGGAAGGUGAAGAAGAACAUGGGAGAAGGAAAGAAGAGGGUGUCUUCAGGCUCUUCAGAGAGAGGCUCCAAAUCCCCUCUGAAAAGAGCCCAAGAGCAAAGUCCCCGGAAGCGGGGUCGGCCCCCAAAGGAUGAGAAGGAUCUCACCAUCCCAGAGUCUAGUACCGUGAAGGGGAUGAUGGCCGGACCCAUGGCCGCGUUUAAAUGGCAGCCAACCGCAAGCGAGCCUGUUAAAGAUGCAGAUCCUCAUUUCCAUCAUUUCCUGCUAAGCCAAACAGAGAAGCCAGCUGUCUGUUACCAGGCAAUCACGAAGAAGCUGAAAAUAUGUGAAGAGGAAACUGGCUCCACCUCCAUCCAGGCAGCUGACAGCACAGCCGUGAAUGGCAGCAUCACACCCACAGACAAAAAGAUAGGAUUUUUGGGCCUUGGUCUCAUGGGAAGUGGAAUCGUCUCCAACUUGCUAAAAAUGGGUCACACAGUGACUGUCUGGAACCGCACUGCAGAGAAAUGUGAUUUGUUCAUCCAGGAGGGGGCCCGUCUGGGAAGAACCCCCGCUGAAGUCGUCUCAACCUGCGACAUCACUUUCGCCUGCGUGUCGGAUCCCAAGGCGGCCAAGGACCUGGUGCUGGGCCCCAGUGGUGUGCUGCAAGGGAUCCGCCCUGGGAAGUGCUACGUGGACAUGUCAACAGUGGACGCUGACACCGUCACUGAGCUGGCCCAGGUGAUUGUGUCCAGAGGGGGGCGCUUUCUGGAAGCCCCCGUCUCAGGGAAUCAGCAGCUGUCUAAUGACGGGAUGUUGGUGAUCUUAGCGGCUGGAGACAGGGGCUUAUACGAGGACUGCAGCAGCUGCUUCCAGGCGAUGGGGAAGACCUCCUUCUUCCUAGGUGAAGUGGGCAACGCAGCCAAGAUGAUGCUGAUCGUGAACAUGGUCCAAGGGAGCUUCAUGGCCACUAUUGCCGAGGGACUGACCCUGGCCCAGGUGACAGGCCAGUCCCAGCAGACACUCUUGGACAUCCUCAAUCAGGGACAGUUGGCCAGCAUCUUCCUGGACCAGAAGUGCCAAAAUAUCCUGCAAGGAAACUUUAAGCCUGAUUUCUACCUGAAAUACAUUCAGAAGGAUCUCCGCUUAGCCAUUGCACUGGGUGAUGCGGUCAACCAUCCGACUCCCAUGGCAGCUGCAGCAAACGAGGUGUACAAAAGAGCCAAGGCGCUGGACCAGUCCGACAACGAUAUGUCCGCCGUGUACCGAGCCUACAUACACUAAGCUGUCGACACCCCGCCCCCACCCCUCCAAUACCCGCUCUGACCCCCUCUUCCCCACUUGGGGUCGGGGGCCUGGGACUUCAUUCUGGACCAGCCCGCCUAUCUCCAUUUCCUUUUAUACAGACUUUGAGACUUGCCAUGAGCACAGCACACAGCAGCACCCUUCCCCUGAGGCCAGUGGGGAGGGGACGAGUGUCAGCAGGAUUGGCGUGUGGGAAAGCUCUUGAGCUGGGCACUGGCCCCUGGACCAGGUGGCUAUGUGUUCACACACACACACACAUGGUGGCUAUGUGUUCACACACACACAUACACACACACACACACAGUGGCUAUGUGUUCACACACACACAUACACACACACACACACACACACACACACACACACACACACACACACACGCUCGCCCCAGGAUAGAAGCUGCCCAGAAACUGCUGCCUGGCUUUUUUUCCUCCGAGCUUGUCUUAUCUCAAACCCCUUCCAGUCAAGGAAUUAGAAUCAGCAACGAGAGUUGGAAGCCUUCCCACAGCUUCCCCCAGAGCGAAGAGGCUGUAGUCAUGUCCACAUCCCCCACUGGAUUCCCUACAAGGAGUGGCCUUGGGCCAAGAUGAGCCAGUACAGACUCCAGACAGAGGGUCCCUUGGGGCUCUCCAACCUCAGGUGAUGAGCUGAGAAAGAUGUUCACGUCUAAGCGUCCAGUGUGCACCCAGCGCUCCAUAGACGCCUUUGUGAACUGAAAAGAGACUGGCAGAGUCCUGAGAAGAUGGGGCGCUGGCUUUCCAGGGAGUGCAGCAAGCAGCCGGCCUGCAGGUGAGCAUGGAGGCCCGGCCCUCACCGCCUCGAAGCCACGCCCCAGACGCCACUGCCACAGCGGGCGCUCGCUCCUCCCUAGGCUGUUUUAGUAUUUGGAUUUGCAUUCCAGCCCUCGGGAGGGGGUCCUCAGGGCCACUAGUGAUGAGCCAAGAGGAGUGGGGGUUGGGGGCGCUCCUUCCUGUUUCCGUUAGGCCACAGACUCUUCACCUGGCUCUGAAGAGCCGCUCUGACCUCGGUCCCCUCCCGGUGGUCCUACCUUCUCCAGCCUGCCCUGCCAAGUCCCCUGCAUGCCCACCGCUCUCCAUCCUCCCUCCUCUCCGUCUUCCUCCCGUGGAGACAGUAUUUCUUUCUGUCUGUCCCUUCUUUGGCCCAGACCCAGCCUGACCAACGAUGAGCAUUUCUUAGGCUCAGCUCUUGAUACGGAAACGAGUGUCUUCACUCCAGCCAGCAUCAUGGUCUUCGGUGCUUCCCGGGCCCGGGGUCUGUCGGGAGGGAAGAGAACUGGGCCUGACCUACCUGAACUGACUGGCCCUCCGAGGUGGGUCUGGGACAUCCUAGAGGCCCUACAUUUCUCCUUGGAUAGGGGACCGGGGGGGGCUUGGGAUGUUGCAAAAAAAAAAAAGUCACCCAAGGGAUGUCAGUUUUUUUAAAAUUCCUCUGCGUGGGUUGGAUUUUCCAAAAUCAUAAUUUGCAGAAGGAAGGCCAGCAUUUAUGAUGCAAUAUGUAAUUAUAUAUAAGAUGGCCACACUAGGGCGGGGUCCUUCCCCCCUCACAGCUUUGGCCCCUGUCACAGAUUAGAAACUGGGUUAGAGGACUGCAGAAGACGAGUGGGGGGAGGGCAGGGAAGAUGCCUGUCGGGUUUUUAGCACAGUUCAUUUCACUGGGAUUUUGAAGCAUUUCUGUCUGAACACAAAGCCUGUUCUAGUCCUGGCGGGACACACUGGGGGUGGGGGCGGGGGAAGAUGCGGUAAUGAAACCGGUUAGUCAAUGUUGUCUUAAUAUUGUUGACAAUUCUGUAAAGUUCCUUUUUAUGAAUAUUUCUGUUUAAGCUAUUUCACCUUUCUUUUGAAAUCCUUCCCUUUUAAGGAGAAAAUGUGACACUUGUGAAAAAGCUUGUAAGAAAGCCCCUCCCUUUUUUUCUUUAAACCUUUAAAUGACAAAUCUAGGUAAUUAAGGUUGUGAAUUUUUAUUUUUGCUUUGUUUUUAAUGAACAUUUGUCUUUCAGAAUAGGAUUGUGUGAUAAUGUUUAAAUGGCAAAAACAAAACAUGAUUUUGUGCAAUUAACAAAGCUACUGCAAGAAAAAUAAAACAUUUCUUGGUAACACA